GAUAAAAGUCAAAAAACAGCAACAAAAACAGCAACCUCGUGGAGCUGCCUAGGAAGAGAACGAACCCGUUUCGAGGAGAGCCAGCCAGUUUUGUGUUUCGAAACCGUAUAAUUUAGCAAUGGAGAAGGACCCUCGUCUCAAGGCGCUGACCAGACAAACUGGAAUCACGAAGCGCUGUGCCAAAGAUGUCGAGUCUUACGAGAAGGAGCUUGUGCAGCUAACGGCAAAGCUCACUCAAAUGAUGGAGGAGGGCAAAGAUCAGUACGAUAUCAAGCACCAGAAAAGUGCGAUAGCUGAGACGGAGGCGGUACUUCCAGACUGCAAACGACGGAAAGAGAGAUCCAUCGAUGAACUGCGAGUACUCCUGGCUGAUUGUAAAGAGCUGGAUGUCUCCGCAGAGUACGUCGCGGCUCAGGAGCUCCUCGCCAAGAUCACCGCUGAAGAAGAGGAGUAAGGCGAGACGUGUGUAGUUGUAUUUGGUGUGAAUGUUUUCCCAUGUCGUCGACGGUGCUGUUCACCCAAUGAUGAUCCUCUGCUAUGGAUGAGAUUCUGCUUUCAUUGAGGCAGAAGAUAGCUGAAGACUUUUCCUUUCUCCACUGGUCUUCGUCUUCUCCGCCUCUCUGGCAGUGAGAAUAGUCUUGCAAUGUCCAGUUUGCCAUAUCUACACCGUUGUGUGCUGAUAUUGCACCUGUGCUGCGCUAUCUCUCUAUUUGGUCUUCAUACCGUAUAACAGUGAUAUGUUUAUGUGCACAUAUUUCAGACAAAUUCCUUUAGUUCGAUUGACGCUAUGAUUGAUUUUUGGUUCAUGAUAAACAGGGUUUUAAGAAGCGCUUUGAUCAUACAUGUAUGAAGAUUUGCUUUGUAACCAUAAUUUUCUGCUUCUCUGC